AUGUACGCUCCGACCCAGCCUUACCAACCUGGCCGGUCGGCCGGCGGGAUGCGUGCGCCGUACCCCAACCCACAGCAGAUGGCGUACCCCGUAGCUGGACAUCCGCAAGCGAUGUACGCUGCUCACCCGCAGCAGCAGCACUACCAGCAGCCUCGCUAUCCUCAGCAGAUGGGGCAGGGCUACCCCACGGCGCAGCAGCAAGCCUUGUACCAGCAGCAACAUCACGGCUACCCGCAGCAACAGCAACAGGCUCCUCACUCCUCGCGCAGCCAGAAGCAGCACAAGGGAACGCUCGCCCCGGGACAGAUGAUCAAGGUCGGCAAGCACAAGGUCCGAAUUGAGAAGUACCUCUCGGAGGGUGGAUACGCCCACGUCUACCUGACCACUUCGGAGCAACCCAUCUAUCCGCCAAACAAAUCAAGCUCCAAGGGGUUCACGGAACACUGUUUGAAGCGCGUGGCGUUCCAGGACGAGAAUGUGUGGAAGGACGUCCGAAAGGAAAUCGAGGUCAUGUAUUUGGAUUCCUCUUGGCAACGGCUACCGAACGGGGCAUAUGAAGUGUUCAUCCUCAUGGAAUGCUGCAAGGGAGGAGGUAUCAUCGACCUCUUGAACCAGCGACUUCGCGACCGCCUGUCGGAGCGGGAGAUUCUCCAGAUCUUUACGGAUGUGUGUGAGGCGGUCGCGGCCAUGCACUCCAUGGAACCCCGUCCGCUAUUGCACCGCGACCUCAAGAUCGAGAACGUCUUGAGUGCACCAGGAGCGCCGACAAAGGAGCGACCUCAGGGCUGGAACUUCAAGCUUUGCGACUUUGGCUCCACGACGUAUCCUAGCACCCACCCUCCGACCAGCCUGGCCGAGUCCGAGGCCCUCGCGCUUGAUAUCAACAAGCACACGACCAUGCAGUACCGAAGUCCGGAAAUGGUGGAACCUAUGCUUGGCCACCCCGUCGGUCUCCCGAGUGACGUAUGGGCUCUCGGAGUGCUGCUCUACAAGCUCUGCUACUACACGACGCCGUUCGAGACUCAGGGCCCUCUCGCGAUUGUGCACGCCAAGUACGAGUUCCCGCCGUACCCGAAAUACUCGCCCGCCUUACAGCACCUGAUCGCGCAGAUGCUGAUGGAGCAUCCGAGCCAGCGUCUGUCCGUGUUCCAGGUGCUCGAGGUGGCGCAUGACCUGAACGGCACCCGCCCCUCGGUGGAUUACUCUGCGUACAAGCAGCGCAUGCGCCCGCUUUCGCAACAGCCUCCCCGCCAGAUCAAAAGGAACGAAAAGAACCCGCUCGACUUUACGGAUCCGUCAGAAACGAGUCGUCCGGCAGCCCCGGAGGUGCCACUGGCGUCGACUGUUCAGCCGCAACGUCGCGGACGCCCUACCCGGGAUCCCAGAGAGGCGGCGCUGGGUGUGGGGUCGCCUCAGCCGAUGGCUACGCACAAGACGACCCCUGCUCUGCAGCGGAUUCCCAGUGUCAAGUCGUCGUCGAGUGUUCAGAGCAUGCCGACUCCGCCAGCGUCUCACCACCCGGAUCCCCGACUUCCGUCGGGUUCGGUUGCGUCAGCCAAGUCGAAGUUCGAGCAGCAGGCGCCCAAGCGCAUGAGUCUGCCGCAUCGUUCGUCGCAGUCGCCCGUCAACCGACUGCAGGUCACUGGCGAGGACAAGAAGAAUGUGUCUCGCAAAAGCAGCGUCGACGCAUUUGGAUUUCACCAAUCGAUCCCGAAAGUCACGUCACCGCUGAGCUUUGGCGAUUCGUUCGACAGUACGACGUCAUCAUCGCGAGAUGGGUUCAGUGACGCCUUCGGCCUCAAGGUCAACAAGCCGCCGCAGCGACAGUUCACCGAUGCUUUCAAGCCCACAUCCGGCGGAGACCGCGAGCGCCAGUUCACCGACGCCUUUAACCCUAACAGUGCUAAACAGCGUUCGGUGUCGACUGCGUCUGGAUUCAGCGACUCGUUCUCCGGCUCGAGUGCGCCGACAGCACAGCAGCGCUCCGUCUCGGGUUUCAGUGACUCCUUCACUAGCCCGAGGAUCGUUACGUCUCCUGUGGCCGCUUCGCCCCUGGCCGCUUCCCCGCAGCGACUGGUCAGCAUCGACAGUAUCGACGAUUCGAGCAGCUCUGGUGGGACUGCGGAGGAUACAAAGUCGCCUGCCUCGAACGCCGACGGCGACACGAGCUUUGAGACCCGGUUUCCGUCAGUGGAGGCUCUUCACCGGCGGUCCUCGGCGUCGUCCUCCACCUUCACCUCCACGAGGCAGAAGAGCAAGGAACUGCCCCAGAUCCCGACGAUCAAGGACGAGACCAAACCCAGCCACAUCCGCCGCACGUCAGUGGUUGCUAACCGCACUGGCGGAGACAUCCCCAAGAACAAUCACCAUACUCGCUUACAGCAGCCUCAGCCGCGGUCGACUCAGGUCACCGGCACAGCAUUUAAGAGCCAGCCGCGACCCGGACCUGACGACGGGCUCGAGCCGCCUGCAUCAAACAACCAGCCGACGCCCUCUCCUACGGCAGACUAUCUGGACCUGUUAGACGAUGAGGAGACGACUGAGCUCCUUGCGCCCACCGAUCUCAUGGACGAGGAAGACCCUGACGAGGACAAGCUUGCACUGAAGCCGAUGCAGCCGGAGAUCUCAAAGUCGCCUAACAGCGGCGCUCGCUUCGGCGUGCCGGCGAAGAAGCCUCUGCCUACGAAGCCGAAGCCAGCACUGCCCGCCAAGCCCCAGCUGCCAACCAAGCCGCAGGGUGCCGGCGAGCGCGCAACUCUGCCGGAGUUGUCGAGUGCGCGUCCGUCGACCAACUUCAACUCGGACAACUGGUCUCCGCUCGAGGCGGCAAAGGUGGACGCCAAGUCACCUCCUCCGCAGGUCGACCUGGACUCGAGCGACGACGACGAAGGGCCUGAGGACCCCGUGCCCUGGCGCCGCACCGACUCGCCCCUGCAGCGCGCCCGCCGCCCCUCGCCCGAUAUUCUGAAGCGGAUGAGCUCCUUCGAGCCCGCCCCUGCCUCGCCCAGCUCGCCAACGAGCAAGACGGGCGCGAGCGCGUACUCGGGCUACAGCCUGAGCGGGUACACGGGUACGACGGCCAGCACAGGCGGCAGCCUGCGUGGCCGCGCCGUGUCUGGUGUUUCGGUGCAGGAGACGCACUCUCGCCGCAGCAGCGUCAUCGACAUGAAGACGCACUUUGAGCAGCUCAACACGAACUCGGGCACGAGCGCGAACGGCGCACAAGCCGCCUCUGGACACGCGCGCCACGCCAGCACGGCGUCGACCAAUGCGGCCAAGCCAGCGGCCAAACCGGCCAAGCCGGAGAAGCCGGCUACGCUCCGCCGUCUGUCUGGCCCCAGGCCGCAGCCGAAGAGCACGGGUCCGAAACCGCCCUUGCCCCCGACGCCGGUACCGAAGCCUGCAGCCCUUAGGAAGGGCAGUGUGGCCGGUACUGGGAGCGCAGCGACCGGUGCGGGCAACGCGAGCACCUCUCCGAUCACGACGUCUAACGCCUCAUCCAACCCCACGUCCACCUCCAAGCCGGCAGUCAAGCACGGCGACGCGCCGUCAAGUCUGGCAUACAGCAAGUCGUCGUCUGGACGUGCAUUCCCCGUGACGCCAAAGUACGCCCAGUCGCAGUCGCAGUCGCAACAGGAUGCUGCGGAGCGACCACCGAACCCCCGCACGAACAGCCAUGACUCGAACCGCUCAUCGAGUCCCGAGAAGCCGAUCCCGGUCAAGGACCGGAUCGGGAUGUGGAACAAGGGCGAGGUGCGGCAUGCGCGCAAGUGA